AAGUCAGUUAUAAUCGGCUACUAUCAUUAUGAAAUUGUUUUUCUUAGUUAUUCUGGCCUGUAUGCUAAUCGGAAUUGCAUGGGGAGAAAACUGCAAUAAGCCGUGCGGAAAAUGCAUCUUGCCCACCUGCAAUUAUGAUGGCAAAUGUUACUUUGAGGGAACUAGCGCUUGUGCUCUGGAAAAUGAAAAGUGCCGACGAAAGAAGAAUAAUCUUGACCAAUUCGUAAAAACCGUGUCUGGGUUCUGUGAGAUGGGCGUUAAAAUGUGUAAAUAGCCAAAUAAAAUGUUUUCAAUUGAAUUAUAUAAAUUAAAUAUAUUUCUUUUAAGAAAUAAAUAGUUCAAAAAUAGUUCAAUUGCUGUUUGUCCAC